UAAGCGUUCUACGGUGGACGUUUGCGCGCCGGUUUGACGAAAAUUCCCGCGUAAAUAAUCGUUCAGACGAUAAUUUGAAGUGAUAAAAACGCUAUAGCGCUAUGUAUUUGUUAACAGUUUAGUGGAUUUGCGGUGUUUAUUGUUAUUUACUUGCAUGUGUGUGUGAAACAAGUUUUGUUUUUACUGUGCGAUAAAAACUUGGAUUUUUCUUUCAACGACAUUGCUUGUGAUGGCGUAGCGUAAUGGAGGGGGAGUGUUCCGAGGGAGUGGAGGGCUGGCUGCUAGUGAGGGUGCACGUACCAGAGCUGAACGUGCAGAAAAGCCUGCAAUUCCCGAGGGACCAGCUCGUUUGGGACGUCAAGCAGCAGUGCCUAGCCGCCUUGCCUAAGGUGGCCACUUGGUACAGGGAGCUGAAAGAGAGCUUCAACUAUGGUCUCUUCUGCCCGCCGGUCAAUGGCAAGGCCGGCAAGUUCCUGGACGAGGAACGGCGGUUGGGAGACUACCCCUUCAACGGACCUGUCGGGUACCUCGAGCUAAAAUACAAAAGGCGAGUGUACAAGAUGCUGAAACUGGACGAGAAGACGCUAAAAGCGCUGCACUCGCGCGCCAACCUGCGGCGGUUCCUGGAACACGUGACGCACGCGCAGAUCGACAAGAUCACCAAGGCCUGCGCCAAGGGACUGGACCCCAACUUUCACUGUCAAGAAACGGGAGAAACGCCCCUAACAAUCGCGGCCGGACUGAAAUCCCCUGGGAAGGUGCUAAUAGCCCUGGUGAACGGUGGCGCCCUCCUCGACUACCGAACUAAAGAUGGCAGCACUGCCGUGCACAGAGCUGUCGAAAAGAAUUCUCUAGAAGCUGUCAAAACAUUGCUAGAAUUGGGGGCGUCGCCUAAUUAUAAAGAUGGCAAGGCGCUAACCCCUUUGUACUUGUCGGUGACCAAUAAGACGGACCCGUUAUUGUGUGAGACGCUGCUGCAUGAUCACGCUACCAUUGGUGCUACAGACCUUCAAGGGUGGCAGGAGGUGCAUCAGGCGUGUCGUCACGGCCUGGUCCAGCAUUUAGACCACCUUCUCUUCUAUGGCGCGGAUAUGAACGCGCGCAAUGCUUCAGGCAAUACUCCCUUACAUGUGUGUGCGGUCAACGCGCAGGACUCCUGCGCAAGGCAGCUCUUGUUCAGGGGAUGUGAUAAGGAAGCCCUCAAUUAUGCUAAUCAGUCGCCCUACCAGGUGGCAGUGAUAGCUGGUAAUUUGGAAUUAGCAGAAGUUAUAAAAAAUUAUAAAGCGGAAGAAGUUGUGCCGUUUCGGGGCCCGCCGCGGUACAACCCUAAGCGGCGGUCGGGCGCGUGGGGCGGCUGGUGGGCGGCGGGCGACCGCUCCUCGCUGGCCUCCUCCACCAGGAUCCCGGCCGAGCUGGACGCGCUGCUCCGCAGACCACAAGGGUCCACGGCGUCCCCUUGCAGCCUCGACCGGCCCUUCUCCUCCGCGUCCUCCAGCAUCAGCGACGCCAGCCACCCGAGCCACGAGGACGACGCGAGCAUCCUCACAGAUAAGAGCGCGGGCGACACCAGCGACAUCAUCUCGGACUCGAGCGGCGUGGGCACCAGCAACUCGGACACCACCACGUGCUCGCUGCAGGCGGCCGCCGGCGCCACCGUCGUGUGUCUGCAGCCUUACGAGCCCGCCGCCAGCGGCCACCUGCGGCUCAACCAGGGGGACAUCGUUGAGGUGACGGGCGCCACCGACGACGGGUUCCUGGAGGGCCGCACCCGGGGCUCGGGCGCGGCGGGCCUGUUCCCCCCGCACUGCGUGCAGGAGGUGCGUCUCCGGCAAACCGCGCACUUGCACCAGGUUUUAGCAUCAGGACCAAUCCACCAUUCCAGGGUAACGGGACGACGGGAGAUGGCACUUAGCAAAACUUAUAGCGCAACUGCGCCUAGGAUAAAGAAAACUUACGGCACCAUGGAAAGUCGUACGGUCGUCCUGCACCGCGCGCGGCGGGGCUUCGGCUUCGUGCUGCGCGGGGCGAAGGCGUCGUCGCCGCUCAUGGAGCUGCGCCCCUCGGAGCGCUGCCCCGCGCUGCAGUACCUGGACGACGUGGACGCGGGCGGCGUCGCCGACCGCGCGGGGCUGCGCAAGGGGGACUUCUUGCUGGCCAUAAACGGCGAGGAUGUAUCAGCAGCAUCACACGAACACGUGGUAGAGUUGAUCCGCAGUUCAGGCGCGCUCGUCUCUAUGACUGUCGUGUCUCUGCACAACGCUAGUCCCACGGAAGAGAACCCGUGUACAGUCCCCAACAACAGCCAGAGCCAGCUGACCAGCUCGGGGCGGCCCUACGCGGCCACGCUGCCCAGGAAAGCCGCGGGGGGCCGCAGCCCCGCGCCCGCGCCGCCGCGCCGCGACCCGCGCACCACGCUCAGCGUGGGCCGCGCGCGCGCCAAGUCGAUGGUCGCCGGACUCGAAAAUGGCGGAGAAAAAGAAGAGAGUUGCGAACCUCUCAGUGUCGCCGGCAAAUCGUCUUCAGCUGAAUCCGUACAACUAAACGCCGGCAGCAAUUCGGGCACGCCGGUGGCGCCGCGCACGGCGUCCAUCCGCGCGCGGCCCGCGUCCGGCCGCAUCACGGCGGCCGAGCUCGAGGAGCUGUUCCAGCGGCAGGCCGACACCGACCACACCGGCGGCAACAGCGCCAUGAUGACCCGGUCGGCGUUCCAGGGCGGGAACAACUCCCCGCCGUACUCGCCGUGCCGCGCCCCGCAGAGAGUGUACGCCUCCGUCGCCGAGAUGAAGCGGAGCCGGGGGAAGUUAUGGAGCAAAUCGAUGUCAAUGGGUAGCAGCAACACGGGGUCGCUGCGGCGGGAGUUCCACUCCACGCCGGAUCUCUGCGCGGAGUUGACGCAACAUCCGCCUCGUACGAGGUCCAGCGAAGACGUUCACGGCGCGGGCAGCCGCUCGGGCCCGCCGCCGCCGCACCCGCCGCCGCCGCCGCCCGCGUCCUCGUUCCGGCCCGCCGCCGCCGCCAAGCUGCACGCCGCGCCCGCCGCCUGCGCCGGCCUCGCCUACCGCCCCGCCAAUGCCCGCAAAUGUAUGUCGCUGCGGUCGUGGUCCGGCCCGGCGCGGGUCUCCGACCACAACCAAUACGCGCAGCCCUUCAACAAGACCACGCCCAGACAGAAUUCGACGCCAGCGCCCCCUAUCCCCGAGCCGGACUACAGUAUGUCCGAAUCGGACGAGGACGACAACAAACCCAAAGCUGAACCCGCGGCGGUCGCCGAGACCAGCGCCAACAGCAAUACUAGCGGAAGCAGUUCCGGGUCGAGUUCAAUGCAACAUUCGUUCUCAGUGGACGAAAUACAGAAGAUACGGACGCGGCUGAAGUCGUCCAAAUCGUGCGGGGACGAGUUGGCGGCGGGCGGCGAGCGCGACGACGGGGACAACUCGUCCUCGGGAGUCUCGUCCGACCAGGAAGCCCAGGCGAAGCCCCAGCCGCGGCGUGAUAAAGUCUCCUUCUGCAGUUCCGUCACGGUGAAAUCUUCCAAUGACGUCAUCAGCACAGAGCCCGUUCACAGCUCGAGCGAGAGCCUGGCGGCGCCCCCUCCGCCGAUGCAGCGACACAACUCGCUGACGAGGAAGCGGGCCACGGCGGCGCUGCUGCGGGGCGCGGCGGGCGGCGCGGCGAGCGGGGCGGCGAGCGGGGCGGCGCGCGGGCGGUCGGCGGCCGAGCGGCUGGGCGUGGACGUGGACAAGGCGCCGGGGCGGCGGCGCGCGGCCGUGCUGCUGGCGGAGCUGCCGCCGCCCGCCGAGGAGCCCGCGGGCCCCGAGCCGGCGCCGCUGCUGGCGCCGCCGCCGCAGUUCAGCGACCGCGUGCGCGUGGUCGCCGCGGUGCCCAAGCGGCUCGCGCACCUGCAGUAAUCUUAUGACUAUGCAUCGUAAAUUGUAGGUUGAUUAGGGUGACAGCUGUGGAAUUGACUCAUUUUUUAUGUUCUGUCUUUGUCGCUCCUACGUUUUUUAGUCAUCUGUCCUGCUGUCGUUCUAAUCGAGUUAUAUUUUAUGAAGUGUUAUGGCCGGUUCCAACCGGAAUAGAAGCGCCGUGGCAAAAGACCAGAAAUGGUCACAAUUUCAAAUGUCAAAUAACUUAAACCUUAUCUGCAUACUUAUAGAAACCAAUUUCCCUUAAACGGUAAAAAAAAUUGUUCAAAAUUAUUUCACAGUAAAAUUGCCAGUUGCGCCGCUACUAUCCCGAUCUGAACCGACCCUAAUCGAUCCAUCAAACCAAAGAUAUAGUAUUUAUUGUCGAGGGAUUUGAUGCCGCGAGAGAUGAUUUUUAUACCCUAUUCGUUAUAGAACCUCCUAUGUGUCAAAUCGUGAUUCUCUUCAACUUUCCGUUUCCUGCGAAUUAUACCUUAUUACGCAACCGAGUGCCAUCAUGUCUUGUUUUUAUUGAAAUAUUUUUGUAUGUAUCUGUAAAUAAUCGAACGAAGUCUUUGGGGUGUGGUUAAAAGAGGGGGCCGCACGCGUCGCCAUACAAAAAUGUCUCCGGCCAAACGAUGAUUAUAUUAUGAUAUUUAAAUUAAAUUAUAUAUGAAUGAAAUUAUUUACGAAACAUAAAUAUAUAUUUACUAUUAUCGACAUAUAUUUACUCUCACAUUCGUCCGCACGAGGCGUGGGCCCGCUCUUUUGACGGAAUUAAUUUGGCGCGCGCCGCUAUGUGUUCUCAUACAAAGCUAUUUAUUGUCUAUUUUCUCUUACUUUUCUUAUUAAACGUAAUGUAUUACUUUGUUUGAAUCCACGACUAAAAUUGUGAAUAUUACUAAAUUCAUGCUACCCUCGUAAAAAAACCUAGUUUAUAAUAAUAUUUUUCCUUUACAUAUUCAAUUACUUUUCUUAAAUAAAUUAUGUAAAGGCUUAUAAUAUUAAAGCGUUUUGAUAUGAACCAAAGGUAUGUUGGUUCAAACCGGCCGCUAUGAACCAUCAUGAAAACCUGCACUUAUUGCAACUACUUAUGAUCCAAGAUAUUAACAGGAUAACAAAGGUCAUAGGCGAAAACUUAACUGUCAUUAACUUUCCUAACCUAAAUCUUGCGACAUUUUUUUUCCAAUAAUAAGAAAAGCAAGAAAAAAUAGACAACAUAUUAGAAUUUCAUCCGUUCCAUUGUAAAUUUGAUACUAAUCGAACACAUCCGUGCAUCGUUAGCUAGUGUAGAUAAAACACAAUGAGAUGUAACACCAAUUAACUUUUAUAUUCCAUUGUCGAUUUUGUAUCUUAUUGUAAUGAUCUAAGACACGUUUUGCUGCCAAUUUCACAUUUUAAUUAGGCGAGCAGACGGCACCUAUGGCCUGAAAUUGUAUUGGCGUGAUCAAUUUCAUAUUUAAUUUAUUCAUAUAAUUUUUAAUACUGAUUUUAAUAUUUUAAAUUGCAAAAAUGUGACCGAUACUUCCAUAUUGGAUCUGCCAAUAUUGGUAUAGUGCGAGUCACAUACAGGGAUCACUGCCUAACAACCGCUUGAGUAAAAACAGCCUAAUUAGAUAGACAUAAACACAACAUAUACAACAAUAAAAUAACAAAAAACGAAUCUUAUUUCAACUACAAUUGAGUUCAUUUUACACCAGGCUUGCAUUCGCCGACUCGAUAGCAAUAUACAAGGAAUAUCAAAUUCAACACCAGAUAAAUUAUAUAAUUCCUUAUUAAUAUAAAAUUCUAGUAAAUAUAAAGUACCUAGAGUCGAGUCAACGAAAUAGCGGUUGACUUAGAGCCUUUAUUGUAUUAUUAGCACAAUGAAAUUAAUUUAUAUUAUCGAUUGUAUCAUUUUGUUAUAAUCGUCUUGUCAUUAUUUUAAGUUGUAUAAAUGUAACGUCUACUUAAGAAAUAGCUAGGUAGUGGUAAUUAUUAGGGCAAUAUCGAUUAAUCGUAGUUUACUGGCGAUUAAGUCGGGAUGCGAAUCGAAUCGCUGUAUUCACUAUCGUGCCGUCUCGCUCACGCUUGGGCGGCAAGUCGGUGAAUGGAGUGAGAGCGAAAUAUCGCGAUUUUGUAUAAUACCAUUGUGUUUUGGGUUUCAUUUGAAUCUCAGUAUCGAAUGUGUAACUACAACUUGGCAUACUUUCAAAUGAAAAUUAAAUGUUUCAUCACUAUA